AUGUCUCAGGUCAUUGCUCAAUACCCGCCACGAAGUCAACCAAGAACCAUUACGCGGAAGCAUACGCCUCUGAUACUAAAAUCAUCAAAGUCAACUCAUCAAAUCAAGGUAGUACCUCCAAGCUCCCAGAAAGAAACCAGUACUGCGCUCUCAUUGGAACAGAAAUUACUGCUGCGCUCUCGGCAAACGCAACCAGUGCUGGAAAACCCAAUCAACGAGGUGGCACCAGUGAAUUCGCAAGUAGGAGCUAUCCCUCCGCUGCUUCAAUCCGCACCACGUCCAAGCACACUGUCUCCCAAGAUUCAAGACUCACAUCCAAUAACUUCAGUGGAAACUCAGUCUCAAACGCCAGCUAUCGGCCAGCAGUUGGUACGCAACACGAUACCACAAAGUUUGAUAAGCCCACAACCAAUCAGCAAGACUCUGCAAGUUCACGACACUCAACCCAACACCUCAAAAGGACCGAGUACACCUCAGCCUGUAAGGAACGACAAAAUUACGGAUCCUCAGCCCAGCACCACAAGGAAACCACUAUUACUACGAGUGAAAACACCUGUGUGGCUCAGUACAGCGGAUGUACCUCAACCUCGGGGAACCAGCUCAGAAUUAAUAAUCGCAAAAAGUCAAGCGGUUUUACCCCAGACCAGCAAAGCAUCAACAGCAGUGACACCUUCCAAACAGCGAGCCAACAUUCUGCAACCCAAGGUGAUUACCUUGGCUCAGCAUCAGCCAUGCCUAUUUCAGGAAACCAGUUUACUAUCAACAUUCCCAGAACUCCAGGCAGAAGUACCUGCGGCCAGCCUAGUAAAAACUACGGCCAAGGAGGUCAGUCUGCCUCAGCCAAGGGAACAUCAGGGAUCCAGUUCCAAAUCAGUUCUGAGAAGCAAAGCGGUAGUAUCUCCAAUUCCAGUCAACGUGGUCACUCUUCCUAUACCAGUGGUACCUCCGGGGAGUACUCCUCGAGUAAAGACGCUCUCUAUCCUUCAGAUAGUGCCGCCUCGAACAACAAACGCACGGGCAGUACCCCAGCCACCAUCUGUCAGUCCGCAUUCAACAACAAGACUUACUUCACCACCAGUAGUACAAAAAAUGACUGUCAAACGUCAAAUUUUGGAUAUGCCACAACAAAUAGCUUAUGUGACUCAGCAAGAAGUCAGUCAUGUAGUGGCCAGGGAUAUGACACAACAGGAAUUAACAUCUGCCAAGCCUCAGGAAGUCAGUCUAACGUUGAAGGAUAUGGCUCAACAGGACCUCCAGUCUACGUCUCAGAAUGUUCGAGAACCCAGUCCUUCAAACAGUCAGACUCUAACAGAAGCUGGGACGAGGGGGAUGGACCGACUUAUUCAGGCAACUCGGAAUUUCGAUGCUCGCCAAAAGGAGAAGCACAAUAUAACUGUUCAGAAGCAGCGAAUCCAAGCAGGCAACCUCCAGGACACACAACUCAUACUACAGGCCUCGCUAGAAAUGAAGUGCACGCUACAGGAAGUCGGACAGGGUCAACCAUCUUCAUCAACUCAGGCAGCAUCGUUACAAAAGGACAUCCCAAUCGUGUCUCCCAUGAAGACACAUCAGAUAUUAACAGAAAUCUAUCCUUGGACGCUAGAAGGGAGCAGACUGAGCACACCAUCCCCAGAAUUUGCUCAGUUAGUGCAACAGAUAACAACAGAGGUUCACAAUCCUUCGACGUUGCAGGAGGACAGCCCGGUUCAACAAAUAGAGACCAGUCCACCUCAGUUGCCACUAGAGGACUUGAUGGAUCAACUGUCUUCCUUACAAGAAACCGAUCCAACAUCACCAGAUAUCAAUCCGCCUCGAUCACUGCUAGAGGAACUAUUUCAGAUCGAAAACCUGGAUCACUUAGUCAGUCAUAUAACUCAAAAAACCAACAGCAUGCCGACUACACCUCCACAGGAGUCGCACAAACUUCCAGUAGAGAUGAAUCUUCGUCUCCAACAAGAAAUCAGUCCUUCUCCUACCCUGUUAGGCAGUUCAUCUCUGCAUGCGAUGGAAAAGGAUCAUCUGCCUCCACAACCCAUCUGCCACAAAUUUCUUGUAAGGAAGACAGUUGAUCCAUCAAGUCCUCUAGUGGCAACUGAGGUGGACUGGUCUCUAUUUGUUGAACCGGGCUGUCCUCCUGCAACGUCGAAGGAUUGUGAACCUCUGUUGUUAUCUGUUGCACUAACUGAGCAAAUUCUGGGGAUGGUGUGCUCAGUCUGCUCCCUUCUAGCGUCCAAGGAUAGAUUUCUGUUAAUAUCUGAUGUGUCUUCAUGGGAGACGCGAUUGGGAUGUCCUUUUGUAACGAUGCUGCCUGAGUUGAUGAAGAUGGUUGACCCUGGCCGACUUCCUGUAGCGUGCACUUCAUUUCUGGCGAGGCCUGUAUACAAUACAUCUGGUAGUAACAAACAGCAUGUGACCACAAAGAAUACUGCAAAGCUUGAUCGUGAGACUGAGGAACUGAAACACGAAACCAUUCCAUUGGACGUUGGCAAGUUGAUUCAGCAAGGGCGUCAAGCUAAAGGACUCAGACAGAAGGAUCUUGCUACAAAAAUCAAUGAGAAACCACAGGUGAUUACUGAUGAACGGAUUGCGAGCAAGAGGGUCAGCGUGUCGCGCGCGCCAGAAGGUCUACAUAUUUUAAGUUUAAUUAAGAUUCCCUAUUUCCAAUACGUUUAUAUCUAUAGGGGUUCAGUGAAUACAGUGUCUCGCAACUUAAUCGUGGUAUUAUUGUCUCAGCCGUUACCUUACCCUUGA